AUGGCGCCAAUGAGUCCUUACACCUUCAUUCAGUGUCCCUGCUCCGACCCCUCCACGAUCUUGCAAGCCGAUGCUAGCAGCCCGACGCAAGCUGAGCUAGACGAUGAUGAUCGCACAUUUGAUCCUCGCGCUCCACGCUCUAACUAUAGCCUAUAUCCCCUCGAGUAUUUGUUGUACUGCGAGGACUGUCACCAGAUCCGAUGCCCGCGGUGCGUAGCAGAGGAGAUUGUCACAUACUAUUGCCCAAACUGCCUCUUUGAGGUGCCGGGAAGCAACAUUAAGAGCGAGGGGAACAGAUGCACACGUAGCUGCUUCCAAUGCCCAAUAUGUAUCGGGCCGCUCUCUGUGACAAAUCUCGAGUCCGCGCCAGACCCGAAGCUCCUCGUGCCCGAAAACGCGUCGACGACGUCUGGCCCCUACGUGCUUACUUGCUCAUACUGUAACUGGAGCUCAACCGAGAUCGGCAUCAAGUUCGACAAGCCUAAUGGCAUCUAUAGCCAGCUGCAGAAGAUUCGCAACGGCGGCAAGACGCGCCUAACCCCCAAGGAGCGGAAAGACAAGCGGAAAGAUGCAUCCUCUGGGUCGGCGCUGGCAUCCAUAUCGGAGACGCCAAAGGAGGUGGUUGUUGAAGGCGACUUGGAUAUUGAGACACAGUUUGCCAACCUGAAAGCCUUCUAUCAGUCCCAGCUUGCUCAGACCAAUCCUGCGGGGCCGGGCCUUUCGGCAUUGGGGGAUCUAGGCUUCAGCUCCCCAGGUUCGCUUUCCAGGAUCAUGAGUCUAUACACAGGAGGGAGCUUGGUAGACAAGAAGGCCAAGUCGCGAGCCGGAACGAUGCGAGAGGCGCUCGAGGCCGAUGAAGGCUUGAGGCUCGCCAAUCUAGACGAACAAGGUGCUAUUCACCAGUUACAACAGUCCGGCUGGGACGGCACAGUCACAGCCGAUCAAUUAUCGUCGCAGCCUCCGAACGUCGGAGAGAUUGAUCUAUACGGUCGGUCACGUUUUGCAGACGAGCUACGACCUAUACCUUAUCUACUGCGCACGAAGCGCUCAAAGCGAUGUCCCAUCUGCCGUCACAUUAUCAGCAAGCCCGAAGCGAAGGUUGCUACAACGCGUUUCCGCAUCAGGCUCGUCGCCGGAAGCUACAUCCCUAGUAUAACCAUCCGGCCACUCACACUGCCGACAUCAUCUUCAACGGGGGCAAUUAACACUCCCACAGACCUGCUUGCUCCGCUCAAGCCUGUGCAGUAUCUGCUCACGUUCAAGAACCCUAUUUUUGAGACAAUCAAGGUGACACUUGCAACCCCGGCUACUACACCAGGCCGGUUCGCAAGCAAGGUGACGGUUCUCUGUCCGCAGUUUGAGAUCGACGCCAACACUGAUGUAUGGGAUGAGGCGCUCAAAGACGGCGAGAAAGAGCGGCGACGGAGAAGGGGCGAAGAAGGUCAGCACCAAGCCGAGGCUGGAAAGAUCUGGGAACGUGGUCGCAACUGGGUUAGCAUCGUCGUCGAAGUUGUGCCAGCUUCGCUGCGCCUCGACACUCUUGCUCUGAUGAAGAAGGAUGGGGAGGACAUUGAUCUAGGGCCGUUAAGGACGGACGAGGACAUCUUAGAGAUACCCAUGUUUGUACGAGUGGAAUGGGAAGCAGACGCUGCCCAUGAUGAAGUCGGUGCAGCGCCAGGUAAAGACAAGGAGGCGAGGGAGAAGCGCGAAAUGGCGUAUUGGUGCGUGCUUGGAAUUGGACGCAUUAGUCAGGAUUGA